CCGCCCGCUUCUCCCCGCCGCUCCGAGUGCCGCUCGCUGUCCGCAGGUCGCGGGGUCGUGUCCACUGGAGUCCAUCUACCCUGCAUGGGCCACGGCUGCCUGACACCUCCGAAUCUAGACAGUGAUGACAUUUGCUGAGGACAAGACUUAUGACUAUAUCCGCCACCAUCACAGAAAAUUCCUCCACAUUCGUGCUCGGGAGAUACUGCCUUACCUGGGCUGCCUUACGACCAGUGACCAGGACCGACUGCGCGCCGAGCUUGAUCGCUGGGGAAACGCUGACUCGCUCUGGAAACUCUUCGACAGCCUUCGGCGGCGGAAACACUGGGUGGAGUCCUUCAUCCAGGCACUGAGGGACUGUGAGCACAGCGACCUGGCAGAGGAGGUGGCCCGUGUCUACCAGAGCUACCAGCCCAACACCCAGGAACCCUCCUCACCUGCUGGGGCCUGUGGAGGCCUCCCCAACGGCUUCCGGGAGGAGGAGGCGAGUUACUCUGCCCCUGUCCAGGACACCCAGACCCCGCAGACCCAGGGACAGAGUUCAAAGACAGCCACACAGACGCACAGCUCUGGCACUGGCCAGCCAGGGACGGGUGACCAGGAGCCCCCUGCGGCCAUGGCGGGCCGCCAGCCUCCCACUACCAGGGGGCAGCCUCGAGAGCAGGACAAACAGCUGGACGGCGCGCACUCAGCCGGAGGCAACCCCACACCUCUCCGGGGGCCGGUGUCUCCUACCGUCUCCUUCCAGCCCCUGAGCCGAUCUCCCUCCAGGGCCAGCCGCUUGCCUGCACCCCUCUCCCCUGCGUCUCCGGGCCUGACCCCCACGGGGGUUCCUGGGGACCAGGCUGAGUCGACCAUCUGGUCAGGGGGCAUAGGGUUGCCCUCCAACCCCCUGCCCCCCAGUCCAGUGCCUUCCAAGCUGCCCAUCAAUCCAAAGUCCCUGGGCACAGUGCCCACCGCGGUGCCCGCUGGCCCAACACCAUCCAAGCUGCCGGUCAACUCAGCACGGGCGGGAGCAGGAGCGCCCAGAGUGCCCCCGGGCUCGGCGCCUGACCACCGGAUGCCCACCAACGCCUCGCCCAGUAGGGGGCCUGCUGUCACAGUGCCCCGUAGCACUGGUGGCAAUAGAGCAGCCGAGGUGCCUCCGACCCGCGCCGGCGCCCACUGGAACCCCGAGGCGGAGCUGAGCAAGCCGGGGACGCUGGUCUCGCACAUCGACAGCCCGUUCUCGGGCUGCCCCGAGGACCUGGCCAUCAGCCGCAGCGACUGCCCGGGCACCGUGGGGACCGGGCGUCAGAGUCCCGAGGAGAACGAGUACCCGUCAGGCUCCAUCAGGGUGCACGUGGCCGAGAACCCCAGCGUCGACCUCCUGGCCGGCAACCCGGGGCGCAGCGCCUCCGGGCUGCCCCGGGAGGAGGAGCUGCCCGAGAAGCCGCAAAAACCCCAGGGCUCCUGGGCCCCGUGGCUCGUGGUGGCUGUGGCCGGGGGGCUCCUGGCCGUGCUCCUGGGCGUGCUGCGCCAGCGGCACCUGCUGCAGUGACCCCUCCUGGGCCGCCCGCUGCCCACCGGCUCCAGCCUUCUGCCUGGCACGAGGCUCUGACCGGGUGGAGGGGAUCCAGGUGUGCCGGCCUCAAGGGAGGCUCCGGUGUGUGUGUGUGGGCGGGGUGGGGGGGCAGCUGCACCAGGAGGCAGCCUUCCUGUCCCAGCCUUGCCCUCCGUGGUGCCCUGCGCUCCCGAGCUGACCCUCGCUACCCUCCGUGCUGGUGGACAUGCCCAGUUCCGGGGACUGACAGUGAGUCCCCACACCUGCAGCUGGGAACCCCCCGGAGGCCGACUGCCCCCCACCAAGCCUCCAUCCCACCUGGGCCUGGCAGUUUCCCCGGGGACUGCCCAUCUCCAGGGCCCCCUGCCCGUGGGUUCGCACAGUGCUCGCCCCCCCCCCCAGCCUGAAACCCCUCCCCAGCCCCACUCCCGCCCCUUUACCUGCUUCUCUUACGUGGCCUGGGGUGGGGAGGGGCCCCAGGCAGGGGCAAGCUUGGGCGAGGUGGCCGUGAGGCCUGGCAGGCCGUUGGUGGUCUCUGGCCUGACGUCCUCACAUUGGCCGUCGUGGCCCACCCUUCAGGGACACUGAAGCCCGCAGCUGCUCGGUCAAGCGCCCGGCUCAGCUGAUGUUUGCAAAGGGCUUCUCCCGCCUCUGCCCUUUCCCAAGUGAGGGAAGGGGGCAGCUCUGCGGGGGUCGGGGGUCCGCGCCUCCUCCCACGCUGCCUCUCACUGACUCUGCUCUGGAGCACUGCCUUCACCGCCGUGCCUGCGCCGCACCCGUGUGCUGGGGAUGCUCCGUGCGCGGACGGGCGCCCCCUAGAGGUGUGAGGAUUAAACGCAUUGA